AUGACGCCCGAUGAGGCGUUGCAGGCAAUUCAGACGGCCAUCGCCAAGUCGGCGCCCGACUCUCAGGCCAAAAUUCCGCCGCACCUCCUCUCCAAGCUGGGACCGAUGAUCAAGACGCUGGGCAUGACCACCGAGGAGCUGGCCAACUUGACGGUGGAGGAGACUGGCAGGGCGCUUGCUGCGGCAGCAGCGGUUGUCAGCAAGGCUAAACAGUCAUCCGCUGAUCGGAACAAUAAUCACCACCAGGGCAAGACUAAUUCAACGUCAACAUCAUCAGCAUCAGCAAACGCCCUCAGUAUUGAGAAUCAGCCGUUGUACGCCUGCACACGCUGCAACGCACGACACACAUUUGACGAUUUGUCGGCCGAUUUGAUGCUCUGCAAGACGUGCCGUCUCGAGGUGGUGAUCAUCAAGUGCGGCUACUGUCGCACGGAGUUUCAGCAAAACAGCGAGCGCAGCGCCAAGUCGUCGAGCAAGAUUUGCCGCAAGUGCGAGCACAAUGUCCGCCAGUACGGCAAGCCGACCGCCUGCGAGUACUGCGCCGUGACGGCGGCCUUCAUCGGCAAGAAGUGCCAGCGGUGCACCUACUCGGAGAAGAAGUACGGCGCCCCGGUGCAGUGUGAGCAGUGCAAGCAGCGGUGUGCCUUCAACCGAGGCGAUGAGGCCUCUGCCGCCGGUGACGCCAGUCGAAGCAGUGGCCGCCGCCAGCUGGACGGCAAGGUCCUCUGCUGGCUCUGCACGCUCUCCUACAAGCGGGCCCUGGCCAAGGCGGCCAAGUACCAAAGUGGAAGUGGCAGUUCGUCACGUUCCUCCGGUCACGGCCACAGUCGAAGCAGCUCCAGCCACCACCACCAUCACUAUCAAAACUCUCACCACCAGUCGUCAUCCUCGACGAAGCGGUCCAGCUCAAUGGCGCGAUUUGAUUCAGCAUUGCUUGCUUCCUCGCUAAAACUGCCUGAACUGUCGAAUUCAGCUUUGGAAAACAGCAGCAAUUCAGAGAGUGGCAAUGGCGGCACCACUGAUGGACUGAAUGGACUGUCAUCAACGGGUGCUUCGUCAUCAGGCGGCGGCGGAAACUGGGACUCCCUAAAGCCAAAGAAGCCUCGCAUUGAUAACGGCACUGCAAGCAAUGGCGGAAGUUUCAGUACCAUGACCAGCACCACCACCACAUCCUCAUCUUCAAACAGCAAUCAAACAGCUGGCCUCAACUCGGUGAACUCCAACAAAGGUGACUCCUUAGGAUCUGGGCCCAACUCAAAUGCAACAACAGCAAACGCCUCCUCAUCAAGUGGCGGCGGCUCUAGUAAUGGCAAUGCCGGAAAUGAUAGUAGUGGCAGUGACAAGGCUACCGCCGACAAUGUGGUGGCCGUAGCGCAGCUGCGUGAGAAGAUCCUCUCACUGGAGCGGCAGCUAAAGGCGAAGAAUGGUGAAAUCAUCAAGAAGGAUAUCAAGAUAACCGAGCUUAAAUCAGAAAUCGCCAAGGAGCAACGCGAGUGCCGGGACAAGGUGCAGGCAAUGUCGAAGAGUCACUCCACUAUCGUCACCGACAUGAACAGCAAGAUCACCACGCUGAGCAAACAGGUGGCGACGCUGCUGAAGGGCAAGGACUUUAACUUCAUCAACAACUUCAACGCCUCGACGGGCGUCACGCCGGCCACCACGCUGACCACCUCCUCCGCUUCCAGUCUGAAGGCGGCCAAGGACGCGGAGAAGGAGGCCAAGGAGAAGGAGAAAACGGACCGAGAACGAGACCGGGCGGAACGGGAAGCAGAACGUCAGCGCCAGCAGGAGCGAGAACGCCAGAAGGAAAAGGAAAAGCGGAAGAAGGAGAAAAAGGCCGAGAAGAAGCGAGAACAAGAGCGACUGGAAAAGGAACGGCUGAAAGCGGAAAAAGAAAAAGAGAAAGAGCGAAAGCUGAAGAAGAAAGCAGCCGCCGCCGAGAAGGCUGAAAAAACGGAUAAGGACAAGGACAAGGAUAAGGAUGAGGAUCAGGAAAGUGAGGUUGCUGACAAAGAACAAACUGCUGUUGCCAAAGAGCUAAAAGAGUUGCCGAGCAAGGAUGAGGAGGUUGUGGAGUUUGCACUCACCUCCUCAUCUUCCUCCUCCUCCUCCUCGCCGCCUCUUUCGCCCACCUCACCGUCGCACGCCACCAUUUCCAGCAAAUCGCCCACAAAGUCGACCUCAGCCACAGCCAUUAUCGACCUUGUCGAUCGGGGAGAGUCGGGGACCACCUCUUCGCCGAAACCCUCCACCUCAAAGAUAAUCGACCUUGUUGAAGAGGACUCCUCUUCCGCGAGCAGAAAGGCCAAAAAGGCCCAGAAGGAAAGCGAACGACUAGAAAAGGAGAAGAGACGGGAACGCAAAGAGAAGGAACGGGCAAAAGCCGAGGCCAAAGAGCUGAAAGAAUCUAAAACGUUCUCUUCUAAAGACUCAAAAGAGGAGACAAAAGAACCCAAGGAAAAGCCGGUGUUUAAGAAAACAAACAUAUUUCGCUCUCCUAAAAAGGCCAAAACUCCGAAGAUCAUCGUGGACACCUCCUCCAGCAGCGAUGAGGAUGCCGCCGCUGGCGUCAACUCAAACUCACCAUAA